GUCAGGCCUCUUAUCUGCAGCGUGUGUAAAUGGGAGGACAAAAAAAAAAGCCCAUCUGCCGGGGCUCGCGUCUCCCUCAGGGAAUCCUGGCAACCGUUCCUGCUGCUGCACCUGCGAGGGGAGAGGAGAAGGAUGCGGCGGCGGAGGACAGAGCCUCCCCCCCCCCCCAUUGAGUGAUUCAUAGUUCCUCGCGCUGUGCGUCUACGCCGGCAGCCUCGCUCUGCGCCUGGCCGAGCAGGUGACGCUCGAAGCAGCCGGCGAGCCGCAGAAGCAAGAGAGCGGGAGAGAGAGGCGCGCGGCCCUGGGGCUUCUCCUGGUCCAAAGUGGUGAGUGCGUCGCCUCCUUCCCUUGGGAAACGGAAUGGCGGCGGAGGGGGACUGGGAAUACCCAGGAGCGCUGAGCAGCGGCGACGCGGGAGAACUGCGGCUGCAGGGGGCAGGGGCUCGAGCGGGGUGGGAGGGAGGUUUUCCCGCUUCCUUUCUCCCCAAGGAGCGGGGAGGUCUUUGCUGAGGUGGUGCGGGGCCAAGAAUGGGAAGCGCUGCUCUCGGGUGGAGUCUCGGUCUUCCUACCCCUCCCUCUACAACAGGGAGAAUUUGGGUCGCAAAGGGUGCGGCCACGCCAGCCCUUGUUUCCUGGUAGCGGGGGACGGUGGGGAGAGAAGGUUGCAAAGAGGAGAAAUUCGUCUCGAAAUCCCUUAACGGGGGUAUUUUAAAAAACGCUUGGGGGGGGCAUACCAAACGAAUAGCCUUUGAAAGGCAUUCGUGGGCCACUCCUCUUGUUUUCCCGCUCAGGUAGGCCUCCCGUGUUGGAAUAAUAAUAAUAAUAAUAAUAAUGCCGCAUGUGCUGCGCCGGGUAUGAAAUAAGCUUUCCCAGCAUGCACCGUGAACAUGAAGAAAUGAAAUAUAGGCUUCAAUUUUAUGUCCACUUGGAAGUGUAAGGCUACAAAAUCCUCUUGUGUUCCCAUUUAUCUGGGAGUGAACCCCCCCCCAUUGAGUUUGAUGGGGUUUAUUUCUGAGGGGACGCGGGUGGCGCUGUGGGUAAAACCUCAGCGCCUAGGACUUGCCGAUCGCAUGGUUGGCGGUUCGAAUCCCCGCGGCGGGGUGCGCUCCCGUCGUUCGGUCCCAGCGCCUGCCAACCUAGCAGUUCGAAAGCACCCUUAAGUGCAAGUAGAUAAAUAGGGACCGCUUACCAGCGGGAAGGUAAACGGCGUUCUGUGUGCUGCGCUGGCUCGCCAGAUGCAGCUUGUCAUGCUGGCCACAUGACCCGGAAGUGUCUGCGGACAGCGCUGGCCCCCGGCCUCUAGAGUGAGAUGAGCGCACAACCCUAGAGUCUGGCAAGACUGGCCCGUACGGGCAGGGGGGGUAUUUCUGAGUAGACAGGUGCGGCAAGUUUCAUUAAACUGAGGAAACAAAACAUGCCUAGGAUGUGGCUGGGAUAUUUUACGAAGGUAAACAAGAUGGUAAGGUGAUGUGAUUUGGUGUGUUCUGUCUGUUUAAUCUCUUCCACCUUUUGGAGACCUAUCUAAUUGGAAUAAACAGGAUGAAAGGGGAGAGGGGGACAUGUGGGGAACAUCUUACAUGUAGAAGCAUGACAGGUUACAAGUUUCUUGAGUAAAAUAAACAAUGCAUCAGUUACAGAAAAUGUUCUGAUUUCUAAAUCAAGGCUGGCAGCCCAUGACCAUUUUGCCUUUUCCAAAUAAAAAUCCUUGACUAGGCAGUGCAGUACAGCAUUGUACAAUUAAACUGUAAAGGAACUGAAGCUUGAUUUCAAAUCAAAUCUAAUAGAUUCUGGACCCAAAUUGAAAUAAUAACAAAAAGAUAGAAAGAUAAAUACAGCUUGAAAAAUCGUUUAAUACUCAACAUUUGUGCAGUAAGUUAUUUGCACUAUUUAGUCGCAAUUGUCCAAUUGGCAGUUCAGAGUUGAAUAUAAAGGCUCUGGAGCCAAAUUCCAGUUUCUUUACUGUAGAAUUACUAAUACCACUAUUAUUAUUACUAUUAUUUAUUAAAGUUUCUAUACCACCCUUAAUCCAAGAUCAGAGGUUGGUUUACAAUAUGAAAACACAAAAAAAACAUACUAACAAACAAAAACAAUACCCCCACCACUGCCGCCAUUUUAAAAGGCCAUAGAUUGUUUAAUUAGCUAAAGGGCUGGGAGAAGAAUGGUUUUGCCUGGUGUCUAAAGAUAUGUAACAAACCCACCAGGUGGGCCUCCUUGGGGAGCUGCUACAGAAAAGGCCCAUUCUUAUGUUGCUGUCCUCUGGACCUCUCAUGGAGGAAGCACCCAAAGAAGGGCCCCCAAAGAUGUUCACAGGGUCUGGUUUGGUCCGUAUUAAGAGAGGCAGACCUUGAGGUAUUGUGGUCUGGAGCCAUUUAAGGCUUUAUAGGUCAAAAUCAGCACUUUGAAUUGGGCCCAGAAACUAAUUGGCAGCCAAUGCAGUCAGGCCAGGAUUGGUGUUAUAUGCCUGGUAAGCAACCUGACUUGAAUUCUGUAGCAGUUUCCAGACUUCAGCCCCAUGUAUAAUUGUUGGCUAUUUGCAGAUUAGUUGCACCGCAGAAGGCGUGCUGGGGAGACCACACAUUACAAGGAACGCAAAAGUAACUUUUGCUAGGUUUUAAUAACAAAAACAAAAACUCCUUUUACAAUAUAUCAAUAAGCAUAACCCAUCCACCAGGGUACUGAGAGAGCUACAUGCUGCUCUUUAUAUACCAUACCCAACAGCUUAAUUAACAUAACUUAACAGCACCUGCUACACUGCUUCACAGCUAUAAAACUAGGUCACGUUAUUUGCUCUGACCUUUAAAGAAAUACACAUCUUGUGGAACAAUAAUUAACCUUCAAAUUUAAAGAGACCAUUCAACAAUAAUGUGUUGCAGUAAUCUAAACUAGAGGUUAUCAGAGCAUAGCCAGCAGAUGUUAGGCUAUCCCUGUCCAGAUUAGAGGCGCAGCAAGGCCUCCAGCUGAAGCUAAUGGAUUGCAUUCCGCACCACCGAGGCCAUUUGAGCCUCAAGAGACAGCAGUGGAUCGAGAAGUACCCCCAAGCUGCAUACCUACUCCUUUAGAGGGAGAGUAGUCCCGUCAAGAGCAGGCAGCCUCCCAUCCAUCCAGUUUAGGGAAUCGCCCACUAACAGCGCAUUGUAGUCAAAGUGAUGCCAACCAGAUAUUGUGGACUACAACUCCCAUCAUCCAUGACUAUUGGCCAUGCUGACCAAGGCUAAUGGGAAUUGCAGCCCACAAGAUUCUGAGGGUGGGGUACCACAUUGGCUACCUUGGGUGGUUUAUAGAGUUCAAGCUUGGGUGUCUCUUCUUAGUUUUGGUUUUGCUUAAAAAACAAAACUCUUGUGGUCCACUCACAGUUAGGUUGCCCCCUUUCCCUAGCUAGAGGGGAGGGAAUCAGAGUGGAUCAUCUUCUCCAACCAUCUCCUUACCUUCUUGUUUUUAAUAAUAAUUUUUAUUAGCUUUCAAUUACAAUCCAAUAAUAGCCUCAUUAUAACAAUAUCAAUUUAUAACACAAUUAUUAAUACCAAUCGUUUGAAUACCAAAUUAUAUAAUUUAGAUAAAGUGGCCCCCCACAUGCUAGAAUUGAUGGCUUGAUUAUUUGCUUUAUUUCUGCGUUCCAAAAUCUUACUAAUUUACAUUACAUUCCAGUCAUAAUAAUUAUCUCCUUACCUUCUUGGUUAUGACCUACAUUUUUCCUAACAAAGGAUAUCUCUGUCCAUGGCCUAUGAAAGAACAUUUACAGUCAUUUUGGCCCCAUCUACCCUGCUCAAACCCCUGAUCUCACAGUACCAUAUACAUGUAAUCUACCUUUGUAUAAAAGGUCCCACCACUGGUUUGUGGAACCUUUGCCUUUGGGAAACUAGUAUAUUUAUUUGCCUACAGAAGCUGACCAGUUCCUUUUUAAAAGAAAAAGAAAAAGGAGGAGGUGUGUUAUUUUAUAAUAAUAAUAUAAUAAUAAUUUAUUAUUUAUACCCCGCCCAGCUGGCUGAGUUUCCCCAGCCACUCUGGGCGGCUCCCAAUCAAAUGUUAAAAAUAGUACAGCAUUAAAUAUUAAAAACUUCGCCUUCAGACGUCUUUUAAAGAUACGAUAGCUGCUUAUUUCCUUCACAUCUGAAGGGAGGGUGUUCCACAGGGUGGGCACCACCACCGAGAAGGCCCUCUGUCUUAUUUUAUAUUUUCAUUCAUUUAUUUCUUUGGCACAGGUUGCAAAAUACAGAUUGACAGCACCAUGGCUACUACCGUGCUUUGCAGCAUGAUGCUUCUGCUGACCUUUAGGCUGGCUUUGACUUUUAGUCACAAUCCCAGGAGCCCAGACAGAGUUUCUGAAGCCGAUAUUCAAAGACUUCUACAUGGGGUAAUGGAGCAGCUGGGUAUUGCUAGACCCAGAGUCGAAUACCCAGCGCACCAAGCAAUGAAUCUUGUAGGCCCACAGAAUAUUGAAGGUGAAUAUUUAUCAUUCUGAAUUAUUAUUGCUGUUAACUUGUAUAAUCAUUCAGUUUUUAAACCAAUACUUAAUUGUCAUUCUGUAUGUGAUUCCUUAGCUCUGGAUUCAUAUCAGAUGAAAAAAACCUAUCACAGAAAAUAAGGUUACUUACAGGUUAGUGUUAGAUGGUUUAUUUAAUUUGUCAAUGGUAGAGUCCUAAGCACAUUCAUUAGAGAAUGAGUUCCCCUGAACUCUGGGACGUGCUUCUGAGUAAUGAUGCUUAGGAAUACUCUGAAAAAUUGUUUUCUCUCUCUAGUUGAGGCUAUGGGCCAAUUCAAGCACUGCUUCCAUCUUGUGGAGGCAGCUGGAAAUUCUUCUUUGCAGUAACAGCUCCACGUGGCUGUCAUAACAGGUUAAAGUUGCUAAAGACAUGGAUUGUCAAUUGUAUAGAGAGUCUCCUUGCCAGCAUGCCCCUUACAUUUUGCCAGGCAUUUGGCUUGUUUCACUUCUUCUGUUGUGUAUAUUUCUUUUGCUUCUUUUACUUCUGUUAGUAGCAGUAUUUUAUGACUGUGAAUGUAUUAUAUAUAAUGGUUUUCGUGCCUGGAAAAAAACAUUUUUGUUUAGGCAAGCUUACCCAGAUAUGUAGAAUGUUGAUAUGCAUUUUAACUUGUUUUUGGAUUAUUGUUGAUUUUAAUUAUUUUUUGGGUGGUUUAAAUAGCUGUUUUUAACUGCUUUUAUUGAUACUUUUGUUGUUUUAUUCUUUUUGUAAACCACUUUGAAGGUUUUUUCCCUAACAACCAAGCAUUAAAUACAUUCUUUUGAAUAAAUAAACGAUUGCAAGCCACUUUGGGGAUUUGUUGCAGAAAGGAAAGAAGACAUUUAAAAAAGUAAGCAAAAUUCCUGAUAGCUACUGGCAUAGAAGUUCUCCAUGCCAUUGGAGUCCUCCAUGGGAUGCAUUGUUUGUGACUACCAUAUUGAGCUGUUGCUAUGUUGGAAGCAUUUCCUGCAGCUUCUAUGUGAGCUUUAACAAUUGAAUCCCAUUCUGCUUAAAGAAGAAAGCCCAACAGCUUGCAUACUUCUACACCAGCGGUGGGGAACCUUGUGGUCCUCCAUAUGUUGUACUACAAGUCAUCCCUCUUGACCUGCUGGCUGGGGCUGAUGGGAGUUAUUCUACACCAAUAGAAGUUAGUGAAAUAGAAUAAAGCAUUGAAGUGUUACAGAUCAUGACAUUAUAUCGCCAGUAUAUGACAUCUGUGUCAAAUGCAUAAGCUCCAGCACAAAUGUUGACCAUUGUGGUUCCAGAACACCUGAUGUGCUCCAAUUUUAAACCGUGAGCAGCAUAAAACACACUGCAGUGCUUUAAUUUUUUACCCCCUAACAAUUCCUCAAAUUGUUUGCAGGUUUCUCUUCAGAUGCAAAUAGCAGUUUGACAGGUGGAGGGUGAUUUUAGUCAGGGGCAUAGCAGAAGUGGGAAAGAGUUUGACUCCUCCCCCAUUCCUUGUGGUCCUCUCCACGCACAGUUGUUAGUUGCAUUCACACAAUGUCCCAUCAAGUUUGGCUCUGUGAGUAGCUCUAAAGUGCAGCUUUUAAAAAUUUGGCUCUUCAGCCAAAAAAGCCGCUCAGAGCCACUGACAAGUCACAAAAAAAGAACCAAAAAAAGACCGUCCCUGUCCUCAGACUCUUGGUCCAUCAAUCCCACUUGGAUAUCUUUGCAGCAGCUCUCCAUGCCCUGCUGCCUGAUAUGCUUUUAACCGGGCUUUUCCAAUAUUGAACCUGGGACUUACACAUGCAGAGCAUAACGGCUGCUAUAAAUUCAUCUGUAUACAGGUGCUCUGUUAAUGGCCCUCCCUCUUUCACAGAAUAAUAAUAAUAAUAAUAAUAAUAAUACUUAUACCCCACCCAUCUGACUGGAUUGCCCCAACCUCUCUGGGCGGCUUCCAAUAAAAUAAAAACAUGGCAAAACAUCAGACAUUAAAACAACCUGAUACAGGGCUGCCUUCUGAUGUCUUCAGAAAGCUGUGCAGUCAUUUAUCUGUUUGACAUCUGAUGGGAAGGUAUCACUACAGAGAAGGCCCUCUUCCUGGUUCCCUGUAGCUUCACUUCUCGCAGUGAGGGAACUGCCAGAUGGCCCUUGGAACUGGCCCUCAGUGUCAUGGAGGUGGAGAUGUUCCUUCAGUUAUACAGGCCUCUUCAACUGUCAAAGGGGGGGGGGAUCAAAACUUUCCUGACCUUUGCAGUUCUUUCUAUUGAGAUUUCAUCAGCAUAUAAAAUGCCACUUCUUAGCCACAUCACAGCAUAAAAGAAAGAUCAUUUUAGAACAUUUUAAACAUUUACUUAAGGUAAUGUACAAUUGCUGUACAAUUCUGCUUUUCUAGCUAUCACUGAGACUCUGAAAUAUGUCUAAAUGUGUUCAUGAGACUUGCAUUGUUGAUUAUGCAGUCAGGGACCGUGUUGUUAUUAAAAUAGGUUUCAGUGGGCUACCUUGAUAAAUGCUUUGCUGUUCCUUGCUUAGACAUUAGGUGGCUGUUGAGUGCUGGAAGUAAGUUCUAGGAAUCCAGUUAAGACUGUAUUUAUACAGUUUAGUCAGCGGAUGGUGCACUGUAUGUUAACAGCUAAGCAGCAGCCAAAUGCAUUUUAGAAGUGUGUAAUGGAAUAAUGUCCAAGAUGUUAGUGUUACAAAUCAAAGCUUUAUCUUAACAACAAUUUAUUUGCUGGUGACUGGGCUUCCUUUGAAGACCUGCUAUAAUUCCUUAUAAGAACAAUACAAUAAUUAAGUAUAGCAGUAACUGCAGCCUUCCUGAAUUUUCGACUCAUAUUGCUGUGCAGUCUUGCUUGGUGUGAUUUAACCAUCUACAGAAGGAUUAUUUAAAGAGCAGGGAGUGGGGGAGUAUGAAAGCAUGUAUUCAGAAGAGCAGUUCUUUUUUAAUAGACUAUCAUAAACCAGAAUUUGGAGACAAAAGAUUUAAUCUACCCUGAGUUCAUCUUCAUCAAGUAUUUCAUGGUGGGUGGAGCCUUACGUUCUUCAGAGGGCUGAGUGAGUCGGGGGGGGGGUUUAGAGAUAUUUUAUCAUCUGUAUUCCAAGGACCAUGAUCAAGGAAUGGCCGUGCACCAUAGGCUUUCUUUCACAUGACAGCUUGUCGGUGCUGAGCAAUUGUCUAUCCUUUCCUCAGAAAGUGCCAAUGAGACUUGCCACUUAUACCUAAUCUAUUUACUUGGUGCAUUUCUAACCCACCUUUGAGGGCAUAUUACCCUUGCAAGGCAGCUUACAGGAAAAUAAAAUAAAACUACUAGCACUUAAAUAACACAGAGUCCAGAGAGAAAAGUAUUAAUAACACUUUACUGAGGAAAUUAUGGGGGGGGACUUAAGAAAGGAACAGAGAGGUUUCGUCUUUCUUAGUUCAGGCUUUGUACGUAGCAGGGAGACAUUUAAUCAAACCUACAGAGGAAAGUUCUUGCAGAACAACACAGCCAGUCGGAGCACAUGCUGCCUCAGUGAACAUCAUGCCGUUAUGUUGGGUUGCUCAGUAAGACCUCCACCCAUCAACUCUCUUGGCUAGUUGACUUCAAUAUUAGAUGAAUGAUCUCUGCUGCUGCACUGCCAACAAAAAACAUCCAACAAAAAACAAUAACACUAGAAGAACUUAAAAUUUCCGAGCACAGCAAAUAAAGAAUAGACCUGAAUAAAAAUAUAAAAUUCAAAACUGAAAGCAUGCAGUAUUUAUUCCCACUCCACCCUGCCAGCACAUGCAGGGACAUGGGGCGGAGCAUGAGACACCCCCCUCCCCGCCAUUGUGCUGGAAUUACCUGCUCAGGAAUAACAUGGACAUGACUUAUGAGGCUGGAGAAUAUUGAGUAAACCAAGAUCAGUAUGAGUAUUGCCUCCACAGGUGACUGUUGUGUGUAUUAUGUGAUAAAUUUGCACUGUUGUUCAGGCAACAGCCUCAUCAAGAGGGCGGCCUUGAUGCUAUCAUCGUCAUUGAGAGGGUUGGUCUAUUAACUUUCAUGGUUGACAAGGCAGCAUGUUUAUACUGCAUUAUUUUGAUUUUUGAGCUGUGCUUUUAGUAAGCCUAACAUCGAAAGAACAAUGCUAGAAUUAAUGGCGUGUUUGAAUUACUGUUUGCAAUAUAGCAGUCAGUACUUUGUUUCUGCCACCCUGGUCCUUUGCUAAGUAAACACUUUAUGAAGGUUUACAAAAUCACUCAAAAGUGCAAAAAUAAGGCACUAAAAUCGUGGGAUUAAACAAAGGAACUAGGCUAGGGAGAAAUUUUGAACUGAAGGAAACAAUAAUGUGUAUUGGCAUAAAAAUUGCUUUGUAUGUAGUCCAGGGGAAUUUUGGCAAGCACUUGACAUUUUAACUAUGUACACACAAUAAAUAAUAGACUAUAUCUGGAGGCUCUGAGAUGCUUUUUUUCAUAGUGGGCAGAACUCUGGUGCAAGAGGUCUGUACAAUGUACGGAAGUUGACUUGAUGGUGUCUGAAGGAUGUUCUGCAACUAAAUGGUAAACAAGAAUAUCUAAACACUUGGAGGAAUGUAAUACAAAACAAUUAAAUCUCCAUCUUUGGGGUUUCAAAGCAUCUAACAUUCAUUUGAAAAGCCUGUGUUUUUGUGCAUUGUAGAGAUGCUGCAGAUGCCGAAAACUCUUGUUUGUUAGCACAAUGACCAAAAGGAUAUAAUACUGGGAAUCAUUUCCUGUAGACUCGCUGCUCCACUCCAUAACAUAUCUACACUAAAAACUUGUAUUGGUGAGCUUGCCAUGUACACAUCACUAGAACAGAGGGUAUGUACCACAAGAAAAGAGGAGACAAAGUUGCACACACACACGUGAUGCAUAUUUAGAAAUAAUUUCAGGAAUUUAGUUAGUUUUACAGAAGGGAAGCCAAUUAAUUUCCCACCAAAACAACUACAAAUAAAAACAAGUACAAAUAAAAAAUAGUAAUUAGAAAUAAAUAAGAUGUGCAAAAGAAGCUCAAGGCAGCUAGCAACCUUAAUAUACUAUAUGGAAGUGCUAAAGCACAAUAAUAUACCAUGAACACAAAACUGAAAAUAUAUGGAAAAUACAAAACAACUGCACUCUAUUGAUCACUAAAGAAAUUAAUUCCAAUUCUUUUGGGGUAUGGUGAUUUUUACUAUGAGGCAAGGUGGCGGUCUUGUUCUUGUUUAUUAACCUUAAUUAAUUGGCAAGCCAGCAGCUCACAGCUGCUAUUCACUGCAGAUUGAAUCCUCAAAUGCCCCCGUUUCCUUUUUCAGGGAGAUGGGCCUAUGAGGGCAGCCAUUUCUUCCUCCAUACGAUAUCCCUGAAAACGGAUAUUGUGCUGUUUCCAAAGAGCACUUGAUGUUUUGAUUCAUUAUGUGCUGCAGCUGCAAGCUAUUGGCUUGCCAGUUAAUUAAGUUUUUUUAAAAAAAAAGGUUGGAGAGAAAAAGAGGAACACCAACCACAGGCUACCUCGCAAUUCUGGACUAAGAGUGAAAGAGGACAGGUUUGGUAUGAAAGAGGACACUUGGCAAAGCUAUGUACUAGAUUUAUUGUACCAGUUUUAAUGGUCAUGGGUUUUCCCGAAGAAUACAGUGGUACCUCAGGUUAAGUACUUAAUUCGUUCCGGAGGUCCUGAAACUGUUCUUAACCUGAAGCACCACUUUAGCUAAUGGGGCCUCCUGCUGCCGCUGCUCCGCCGGAGCACGAUUUCUGUUCUCAUCCUGAAGCAAAGUUUUUAACCUGAAGCACUAUUUCUGGGUUAGCGGAGUCUGUAACCUGAAGCGUAUGUAACCUGAAGCAUAUGUAACCUGAGGUACCACUGUAUUGGGAGUUAUGUGAAGAACGUUCUGAGGUUUUCUCUUAGAGAUCCCUAGCCUUCCUUCCCCAAAGUGGAGUUUCCUGUGAGAAGGAAUGACUGUUAAACCUUUCUAUGUCUGUGGCACAGAGAGGCCUUUACAGUUUGAGUUACAGAACAGGAAGGAAGCUUUAAUUUAUUAUUAUUAUUAUUAUUAUUAGGUUUUAUAAACAAGAAUAAUGUUAUACAAAUAAGUAUACCAAGUUUUCUCAUGUUAUUUGUAUAUCACAAAAACAGCAUAAUAAAUGUGGAAAAAUAUCUACAUGUGUUUCAUUAUUAGUGGUCAAUGUAUGAGUUUAUGAAUUGAUUUAAACAAUUCAGAAGAGGAAGAAGAAGGGAAGAGGGGGAGUGGCGUGUGGGGUGGAGUGGUUAUGCUUCUGUUAUUCUACUGAGUGUGUGUGAGGGGUUGUGUCAGAGUUACUUUUGUGGGUUCUUAUUCACUUGUAUUUCCUUGGUGGCGAAAGAGGUUGGGUGUGGCUGGUUUAGUUGUCUUUACUUUUUAGCUAUAAAGGGAGCUUUGGUAAUUUUGACAGAAUUUGAACAAAUCGGAAACAGAUAAGCAAAUGAGGAAUACAUGGUUUCCCACUCUCACAGUGAAGUGAAAAGAAGACUCACGGGCGGGUACUAACUUGUUGGAGAACACUUUAACUUCUUAACAAGCCUGUUUUGAAAGCUCAUUCCCUGCAGAUUAAGAAUUUGCAAGGUAGCAAGUGAUGUGAUGCAGAAGGAGUAAGGUCUAAGAAGAAAUCUGAAUUGUUGUGUUCUCCAGUGUACCCUCUUUGGCAGUUAAUGCUGGAUCGUCCAUUCCAGAAUAAAUAAUCUGUUGUUGCUCUUUGAUCCAUUAAACUACUGGUGUGCCAGUAGUGGCUGCUUCUCAUUAUCCCAUCAAAGACAAAAAGACAUGAAUUACUUCAACCUGCCCACCUCCACUAUUUUUAGAUGAAUAGAUGUGUUCUUUUCACGAAAUCUAUAUUGACGUGGGAGAGAGAGAGAGAGAGAUGCAACGAGUAGGAAUUUUGGAUAAUUGAACAUAACAGAAAAAACUGCCGUGCUGGACCAAAUUAGGAUCUGUGCAGUAUACCACUGCUUUCAACAGUGAUCAGUCAGAUGCUUCUUUGAUUUCAAUGUCAACACGUGGACUAAAGUUAUUUGUCCCUAGCACCAGGGACUCUGAGGUGUGUGCUGCCUGUGAGCUCUUUAACCUCAAGAAAAAGGUAAGCUGACCACAGGUUAUAUGAGACACCCAACAAAUUAAUUCAGCUUGUGGCUUUUUGUGGACUGCCAUUCAUCGUUCAUCACCUAAGCUAAGAGGCAAGUCAAACAAACACGACAAAAGAAAUCUGAAGCGUUCUUGAACCUGCUGUACUUUGUGUGUAAAUUUUUAUUAAAAUAAAACUAGACCUAAAGUUAAUUUUCAAAAUAUUUCUAUUGUUUUCUGUUAACCAAUUCCAAAUAGUCACUAUUCUCCAAUUAAAAUUUGGAUGGCUAUGCAGAAAGGAAGUGCAGAAUCCUGAAUUCCAAAUUUGUGAUUUUAAGGAUACUAAUAUUGCUUUGCACUUUUUUUGUAUGGAAUUUCUUAGCCAGUUGCCUAUACUUAUUCACACCUUCAUUAACUAGUUCACAUGUGAAAGACAUAAAAGAUGCACAGAAACGAUGUUUUGCGUAUGAUUAGCAUUUUUCUCAAAACAUCUGGACUCUUUUCCUAUGGUUACUUAGGUAAUUUCUAAACCAAAUAUAUAAUUUCUGCAAAGCUACAGAUUGUAUAGCAUUUUAAAUGAUAUGCUUAACUUUGUCUUCUUGCAUUAUGCUGUUGUCCCACAGCACUUGAUUGCAGCUUUGCAAAGUCAUUUACAUGAAGAUUUAUAGCAUGACAAAGUGUUGUCCAUGUUCCAAAGGAAAAUCUUCAUUCUUGCAUGUUCUUAAUCAUCUCUUUACUAUUUUGAAAAAAGUAGUUUUUACUCGUGGAGAUAUAAAUCCUUAUUUAUGAUCCUGUUUGUUACAUGAUUAAUAAAUAAAUAAAACAGCCAAGACUUCCUGCCAAGUCACUGACAGCCUGCAACUUGUCAUUAUGGUUCAUUGUAAUCCCCCCCAACAUUUAUACAUUGCUUGAUUGUAAUAAAACCUCAGUAUACAAAAAGAAUAGAGCAAUAAAAUUAUCAGUAAAGAACAGUUAAAGCUUAGUAUUUAAAAUCUUCAAAAAUAUUUAAAAGCAACAAUAAGCUAGAACCAGAUUAAAACAUAUGACAGCCUCUACUUGUCAGGAUAGGCUUGCCUGAACGAUAGUGGUUUUAGAAGGCUAUUCCCAUUAUAGUUCACUCCAUAGCGGCUGAAGUGCAUUCAUGGGAAAGCUGUUCCCAUCCUACCUGCUUUCUGCAUAGUAUAAUAGCUUCAAGUAAGGCCCUGCUUCAGAUCUAAAGUGGUGGUGGAGAGAUGGUUGGCCUAGUAUGGUUAAUCUACAUCAUGCAUGGCCAAACUUGGCCCUCCAGCUGUUUUGGGACUACAACUCCCAUCAUCCCUAGCUAACAGGACCAGUGGUCAGGGAUGAUGGGAAUUGUAGUCCCAAAACAACUGGAGGGCCAAGUUUGGCCAUGCCUGAUCUACCCUGUCCUCCUAGAGCAGUAUUAUUGGCUACCUUAUGACAUCCCCAAAAUGCUACAUCGUGAUGGUGAAGCAAUUGUGAGUCACUAAUGUCACAUCCACCCCACCCAUUUAAAGCACAUAGCUUCCCCCAAAGAAUCCUGGGAACUUACCUUAUCUCUCACAGGGCUACAAUUCCCAGUAUCCUCAACAAACUACAGUUCCCAGGAUUCUUUGGGGGAAGCCAUGUGCUUUAAAUGUAUGGUUGGAUUUGACCUAAGCCUGACUGGGAUUGGGUGUGAUCCUAAAACAGAUGGGAAAAUGCUGGCUGUGGAUCUUGACUAGGAUGAAUGAACACUUUCUCCAUCUUCAGGAAGCCUCCUUAGGCCAAUGACUGAGAGUUCAGAUGCCCAUAUUUUAAGAGUUCUGCUUUUCCUUUUCCGAGUUUGCUACCCUUGGGGUCUUUCUUCCUGAAUCCAUGCAGUAUUCGAGGCUAGUGUUAAUGUACAUCCUCAAGUGCACAUCCAGUUUCAAAUCCAGAUGUUGUCCAAGAAGAAACGGAUGUGGAAAGUUAUUGAAAGGGAACAGAGGGAUGCUUCAUGUUCUGUCAUAUAGUCCAUUAAUGUAGCCCUCUUGAUGUUACAGAAAUAAACCAGGGUCUUGACUUUGGUUUCUUAGUAAAUCUUAGUAAAUCUAAUGUAGUAAAAUCAUCAUGUCAAAAAGAUGGUGUGUAUGGUUCUGUCUUUAUUAGGUGGUGCCCACGAAGGACUUCAGCACCUUGGUCCUUAUGGAAACAUACCAAAUAUUGUAGCUGAGUUGACAGGUGACAACAUACCUAAAGAUUUCAGUGAAGAUCAGGGAUACCCAGAUCCUCCAAAUCCUUGCCCAAUUGGAAAGACAGGUAAGUUGCAUGGACUUACUACAGAGUUUUGUGUUAAAUUCUUCAAGAGACGUGAGAGGCAUUGCAGCCAGCAAAAACGCUCAAAGGAGGAUGUGAAGCAGGGCCACUAGGAGUGUGACUUGGGGAGAAUCCUAAGGGUUAGACAGAGAGAUGUGGAGGGCCGCAUUCAGCCCCUGAGCUGAUAUUCCUCAUCCCUGUUUUACAUUAAUCCUCAUUUUUCUGCUAAGAGUGAAUUAUGAACAUAAUUGUGGGAUUUAGAGUCUAUUUAAUUUACACGACUGGUUCUGCUUCCAAGGUGCAGAUUUUGAAAAUAUUGGCCAUUUUUGCCAGCAGGGAGGCAACAGGUAGGAUGGACAGCUGGGGACUAAUUAGCAAUGGGAACAGGGACCAGAAGGGGUGGGGGAAGUGAAAAGGAAUGAUGCAGGUGAUUAAUGCCUUGACCAUGGUCUGCUUUUGCAUAACUGGCCAGUGUUUUCUUCAGCUGCUGAUGACAGUGUUCACCACACAGAAAGGUGGAAAGUCCAUGAGAUUAUAUAUUCCAUUGUAGCAACCCCAUAAUGUAAAUAUGUCAUACAGGAUUUGGGGUUAUUCACAUAAUCAUUUUCCAGGAUGCUUUAAAAAAUCCUAAGCACCAGAAAGGUGCCUAAAGUAAGAAAUGCUUAAGAUUAGGACAGCGACCCUUCCACAAAACAGCGUCCAUUGUUCAUUAUAACAAAGCUGCCUGAUCCUAUGUAGGUUUAUUCAGUUCUGAGAUAAGCAUCCAAAGGGUUGUGGUCCAGUAGCACAAUCCUGUGCAUGUCUACUCAGAAGUACAUCUCAGUGAGUUCCAUGUGACUUAUUUCUAGGUAUUGUGUGUAUAGAAUGGUAGCCUUGGUCUCCUUCCCCUUUCUAAAUGAGUCUAAGGCAGACCUAGGAAAACAGGAAACAACGUUAUUGACAUUUUCAGUGAAUACUUCCAGGUGACUUAAGUACUUAUGUGGGAUGAAACACAUUCAGAAACCUCUUGUGGCAUGCUUGAGAAUAGAAAACUAUUGUGUAAUUUCUUUUUCCAGAAAUAACAUCUCAAUUCUUAUUUUUCUGUUUAUCUCUCUAGAUUUUUCCUUUCUUCUUCUCCUUUUUUCCUAUCUUGUUUAGCCCAAUAGACUCUGUUAGUGGUUAAAAUGUCAAGAUUGAAAUAAUAACUUCCGUAAUAUGUCUAUCAAAAAUAGAUUUCUGGCCUUCUCCCCCUUAAUUUUAAAACUACAGCCAAAAUGUUGUUGGUUCGACUAAGAUGCAUCCAGAUAUGAAAAUGGAUAGCAUUCCUUGGAAACUCUUGCUGUCACUGUAAAACUGUUCUUUUGGACACUUUCUGGAUAGUGAAUCAUAUGUUACUUGCAUUUAAGCAAAGCGGUUUUCAGAGAUUUAAAUAUAAACUCCAGUCUGUGCCCAAGUAAAGAUUGUAAAAACAUAUUACAUGUUAAACUUAUUAGAGAAUUUCCUCAGUGAGGUUUGUGGACUGGCAUAUUAAAAGAUGGGCCUCUCUUAGUGGUUUCCACAGUAAGAUGUUCUGUCCAGAUUUAAACAUCUUGGCACCUAAACCUUUCACUAUUAGGGCCCCUACUGCUCUGCUGUGGCCUCAUCCCUUUCCUGAAGUAGUAAACAUAAGAGAUGGUAAAUUAUGGUUUGCUUCCAUUUCCAGGACUGGCCAAUUGCCUUUUUUGUUCUGUAGGGUUGCUCUGAAAUUACACCUGCAAGCUUCUUUAGCAGUACCCUUUUGUGUAGCUCAUCAAGCCCUGGAGACUUGAAUUCAUUUAAAGUGGCUAGGUUUUCCUUUACCACCACUUUUCCUAUCUUGGGCUGCAGCUUCCUCCUUGCAUCAUUUAUUCUGUUAUCACCAGAUUGGGCACUUACUGAGCAGGCUAAGGAUCUUUCUGCUAAUAAAUGCCCUGGAAGAAGCUCAUUUUCCAACAGAUAUACUAUUUGGCCUCCGCCCGUCCACAAUUCUUAUACAGUGGUACCUCUGGUUACGUACUUAAUUCGUUAUGGAGGUCCGUUCUUAACCUGAAACUGUUCUUAACCUGAAGCACCACUUUAGCUAUUGGGGCCUCCUGCUGCCGCUGCGCCGCCGGAGCACGAUUUCUGUUCUCAUCCUGAAGCAGAGUUCUUAACCUGAGGUACUAUUUCUGGGUUAGCGGAGUCUGUAACCUGAAGUGUCUGUAACCUGAAGCAUAUGUAACCCGAGGUACCACUGUAUUUCAAAAACUCAGGGGGUAUUUGAUAAAGCUGAAUGUCGGAAGAUUCAGAACAAAUAGAAAGCAUUUCUUCACGCAAUGCAUAGUUAAGCUACAAGUAUUGGCUACCAUCUUGGAUGGCUUUAAAAGAGAAUUGGACAAAUUCAUGGAGGAUAAAGCUAGCAGUGGCUUCUAGCUAUGAUUGCUAUGCCCUAUCUCCCCUUCCAGAGGCAGUAUGCUUCUGGGUACCAGUUGCUGGGAAUCUCAGGUGAGGACAGUGGCGUGAUGCUCAGAUUCAGCUUUGUGGCCUUCACAGGGCUUCUGGUUGGCCACUGUGAGAACAGAGUUCUUGGCUAGUUGGACUUCUGGCCUGAUCUAGCAGGCUCUUAUGUUCUUAGCAUUUUACAAGAACUGUAUUGGAUAAAGACCUAUUUCUUAGCUAGGUUUUGAGGUUCUUCUUUUGAUUUUUUGUACUGCCCUUUUUAUUUAAUAUUUGAACAGCAGUUCGUUUGACUUACACAUUAAACAUAUGACCCGGCAAGAAAUCAGUAAAGAAAUGAAUUUUACUUUGUGUCUCUUCCAAGGAAUGGUGGAAAUGAGUGUUGCCUCCAAAGAGGAAAAGUACUGUUUCCUAAUCCUCUAUCCUUUUAUUAUAAAAUUCAUUGCAUAUGUUCAUGAUGUGGUUUUGCUGAUAUAUUUUACAAGAUGUCAAGCAGCUCAGGUCCCCCCCCCCCCCAUUUUUUCUUCUUCAGUUGAUGAUGGAUGCCUUGAAAACACACCAGAUACAGCUCAGUUCAGCAAAGAAUACCAACUUCACCAGCAUCUUUUUGAUCCAGAACAUGACUAUCCAAGCAUGGGAAAAUGGGUGCGUAAAUCUUGCUUACUUUGGAAAUCUCCAAAUAAUGCUGAAUUAGUUAAGAAAAGGUUUCUGUAACAAACUUUAUAUAAGAGAACUAUAGACUGUCAAACACAUUGUUAAAGACCUUUAGAGCUCGAUUGCAAUUGUCACAAAAGGACAUUAAGCUACUAUACCCUGUUAUGUGCACUAUCUAUAUAUUUUGAGUAUCAAGAAUCGAACAAAACAUUUAGAACUUUAGAAUAAAGGAACCUGCAUUAAAAGGUUGCUAUAAAGCUUUCAAUUUAGUUCAUCGCAGCCUAAAAGCUGUCAAUGCUCAGUUGAUAAAUACAUUGGUUUAGCAAUGCUUGUUCACAAGAAAAUGAUUACUCCGUUACAGCUGACUCAAUUUUAGAUUUAUAGCACUGAUCACCUUUAGGAUUCCUAAACUUUUAGUCAGUCAUGUGAAAAUUACCACGUGCUGGAAAUUCUUAUUACAUUGUGCUUGAUUACUAAAGAUUGUAACAUUAAACAAACCAGAUGUUGAACUUGAAUUAACUAUUUAUGCCUGUUCCACAUAGGUUUUUUUGGUAAGUUAUUUAUUUUUGUACCUCUACUUUGAAAACUUUCAGAUACUUGUGUCGAAAGGUGCAUUCCUAAAACAUAAGCUAUGAUCUAGCCAUAAUUUAUCCCAUUGGUUUCAGUAGGCUAGAUUGAAACACAUGCUUAACUCACUCACUGAAAUAGUGGGUUAAACUUGCCUAAUUUUGGCCAUCUUGUGCAAAUAAUAUGUUUUUAAAAAUAUACUACACACUUAAAAUGUUUUGCAAAAUACAUUACCAUGUCUCUUAUAAAGCAGUAGCUCAUUAUACGAUGGAAGAAAGGUUGGCAAUAAAUAUAAAUAAUGAUGAUGAUGAUGAUGUUAAUAUGAUUUUGAAAACAAAAUAAGAAAAUUGAGAUCCAAAUGAGAUCCAGAUAAAAGCAUGACAGUUUCUGCUUCGUACACCCUCUGAUGUAAAAUAUGCUUAAUUCUUGUUCAGUUCCAAGAGGAGCAAGAGAUGUUCAGUGUCUCAUCAAAAGUCUGAACUCUCCACUAGGGGAAACUUGCGCCGUAUUUUCAAAUUUACCAUUAUUGCAGGGAUAAUUUCGUUCUUAUAUAUCAGAUUUCAUAACCUUAUCUGCACUCUGCUCCUUAUUAUAUUUAAGCAUUAGUUAUGGUUUCAAAAUAUUCUCAGGCAGACAAAACAAAAUAUGAUAUUUGUUGAGCUGAGUCUGUCUUUUCUUUCACAGUGCAACUUUUUGCCUUAAUUACAGUCCAGCUUUUUUUAAAAAAAGAAAUUGUGGGAAAACAUUUAUAGAAGAUUCAGGUAGAACAAUAAGUUAAGGGAAAGUACACUUGAUACCAUGAGGAAAUAAUGUACAGUUCUGUUGUUGUUGUUUUACAUGUUAAAUUGAUUUUUCCCCCCAAGUGAGUUUGCAGAAAUUAACUGUAGCCAAGAAUGUCUCUUCUUGGCCAAUUUCAUCUCUGUUUCCUUGUCUCUUUGGCACAGCCCUGAUGAAAUAGUUGAGGCCAGGCAAAAAGCAAUGUCUUGUGAACUUGGGUUUUAAAUUAACAUGAGAAAUACUAAACAGAUAAUGUUUGGCACAAAAGACGCCAGCCCUUGGGCCAAGUAACCUUAUACUUACAUUGUGCCAGAUCUGAAGAUAGGCUGCUGUAAUGCCAGAAUGACCACCAAAUCCAAUGCAUGCUUAACCUAGAAGGGGAAACACACGCAAGAAGUACAGAAAUGGCAUAAAAACAGCAGACGCACCUCCAGCAUCCCUAGAAACAAAUGUCACGUCGAGAGCAAAGCCAAGUGAGCUCCUGGGACUGAAACAAACACCACAAGCAAUCACACACAGCCACUCUCUAACCACUCAGUCACAGCCGCAGAAUGGUGUCAGAUCCUCCUCAGGGCCUUUAUCGCCCCCUCCUCCCCUAGCUCCAACACCCAGUCACACAGAUGCCAGGAGCUGAGGGGCUGCUAGACAAGCCAUGAUCCUGUCUCUCAUGGGGGUCCCUGCUUUGAAUCCAGGGGACAACCUCAGUUGGAAAGUGAAGAAGGCUCAUCUGCCAACCCAGACACAUCUGAGCCAUUCAGCAAGAUCGCUGCAUCAACCAAGAGUCUGCUUCACUUGGGCCAGUCCACCCUUUGGGCCCACUACCUCCCUCGGGCAGCCCCAGUGACUUAGGCUGUGUACACAUUCCUGUUUACUCUGCAUCCAGUGCAUUCCCACUUCUGGUUUGGGAAGCAUCCCCUCCUCCUCCUCCCACCUGACUGCUUCAUCUCCCCCCUCCCCCCCAGGAACACUCAUCUCCCUUGUGCCCAUGAGAUAAGGUUACCAGGCAUCCCCGUUUCCCGGGGACAGUCCCCGGAUUUACAAAUCAGUCCCCUGACAAAAUCCAUCUAUUUAGUAGGAAGUUGAAAAGUGUUCCCGGAUUCAUUGAAAGAAAUCUAGUAACCUAACCAUGAGGGGACCAUAGUUAGCCGCUGCCUCUUGAGCCCAUCAAGCUCUCCGCACCCGGGACUAGGCUUGGGAACUGGGAUCCAGAUCACUGUGCUCUAGCCACAAAGGAAGAGACACACGUAGCAAAAUCGGAGCCUUCACCGAACAGUGUCCAGACCGAAGGAGCUCAUGAGAAAUAGCAACGUGUGGGUUUAUCAGCCAUUAACUCCAGUAGGGCUUCUGCACUUUGGACACACAGCAGGGUAGCAGGUAAUGUGUCCCUUACAGUUUCAGCUCCAUGCUAGGAAAAUGUUUAUGUUUUGCCUGCCCGUCAUGUGGUAUGAAAGAGGUACCCAUUGUCUGACUUGCAUUAUUCCUGUGCAUGGGUUUUGUACUGCUGGUGGUGUGCUCUUUCAUGGCAACACGGAUGGAACAGAUGGUGAUAUGUGUGGGGUUCAUGUAUCCCACCCACGUACGCACUACUGAGCUAGGGGAACCAGUGGCCUGACACAGUAUAGUGGUACCUUGGUUCCCUAACAGCUCAGUUGUCAAACAAAUCAGCUCCCGAAUGCUGCAAACCCGGAAAUAAGUGUUCCGGUUUGUGAUUGUUUUUCAGAAGCUGAACGUCCAACGCAGCUUCCGCUUGAGUGCAGGAAGUUCCUGCAGCCAAUCGGAAGCCGCGCCUUGGUUUCUGAAUGGUUUUGGGAGUCGAACAGACUCCCAGAAUGGAUUAAGUUCAAGAACCAAGGUGCCACUGUAUAAGGUUGCUCUUUAGGUGCUGUGUUCCUGUGUCUCCAAUCCCAUUUCAGCCAUCUCAGCCGAUGAAUCAGCUGCUGCAUCCAUCACAUGGUGGGCAGAAUAUCUUGAAUUGUACCAGCACUGCAGGGCUCCUGAUACACCCUAGAACCCUAGGGGAGGCAGGGGCUGUCUCAAGAACAGGAUGUGCCCUAAAGCAUUUCUUUCUCAGAAAUCAAGGUUUAAUUUCAGAAGUGAUGGUUUUGUGAAACUCUCACUACAUCUGUUGUUAUUGUGACUGUUGGGUCAAUUGCUUACAUAGCAAUUACGCAGUAAUCUGAUUAUAUAUAUAUAUAUAUAUAUAUAUAUAUGACAGACACACACACAGAGGUUUUCUCUUAAUUUCUCUUAAACCUUUUUUUAGUGCAGCACCACUGAAUAAUUCCAAUUGAAACAAAAAUCUGUUGAGCAUGUGUCUGACAUUCCAGACCUUAUUUGAGCUCACUACAUCUAUGAAAUAUAGCAAUAUGUGGAAACACUUGUACAGGCUGUGGUCAUAGUCAUCGACUUUUUAAUUUUUAUUUUUUUAAAAUAGUUUUCUGUCUGCCAAGACAACUCUGGCAGUUUUUAAAAGGUUCACUCUAUUAAAAACGUUCUAGACCAAACAGGUUUUAUUUUUUUGAAGGAAGUUUAUUAGGAUGCUACCUAAAUGAAGGAAGGAAUUGUGACUAGGAUUUCUUUACCCAGAGGGUGCUUAACAGUUUGCAGGAAAAGCAGUUGAGAUAAGAAUUCUUUAAAAGAAUUAAAUUGUGUUACACCCAGAAGCCACCAGGAGCAAGUGCUGCAUAAAAAACCAAUACUGUUCUGCCCAUAACCUGAUGGCUCUGCUCUUCCUUGCAGUUUGUAUACUACAGGGACUAGGAACUUGUGGUCCUGCAGAUGGUGGUGACCUACAGCUGCCAUCAUCCCUGACAACUGGCCUUACUAGCUGGGGCUGUUGGGAGUUGGAGUCCAAGUUCCCCAUCCCUGUUAUACCAAGUAAAAUACGAAUGGUGCAUCUAAUGUAGUAUUUCGUACUCUGACUGAUGUCAGGUUUCCAACAGAGGUCCUUCCUAACUGGUGCCUUGUAUUUUUUUAUGCAGAUACUGAACUUGGGAUGUUGUGCAUGCAAAGCAUGUGGUCUACUACUCAGCGAUUUUUCCACUCUCCGAGACAGUUCAGAUUAAAACCAUCAUGCAACUUAGAAUCAUCAUAUAUUCCUAUUCAUAUAAUGGUUGAUGACACUAAGUGUCCCAGAAGAAUAGCAAAAUAUUUUAUUAAUAGCUACAGUAAUUCAAAUGUUUUCUUGUGGUUUAUCUUUCCAACAACAUGGCAUUCUCUCCUGAACUGCUUUCCAAAAUAUUCAUAUGCUAAUAUUUAGAUGGCACAAUGUCUUGCUUGAAGAGCUACAAAAUUUGAUCCAUACUUUUGUGUUUUUCCCCUCUUCUUCUUCUUUCAGAAUAAGAAUUUACUCUUUGAGAAAAUGAAGGGUGGACCAAAAAGAAAGAAAAGGGUAAUUUUCAGAAUGCAACUUGUUUUCAUUUUAGUGCCUUAGUGUAGAAAAAGGCAAAAUGCAAAGUAAAAAAAGAUUGUUGAAAUACUAUGAUUCGUACAUCUAUAUUAAAACUUGGACUUCAUCCUUUCUUCCAGUAAAUAUCUGUGAUAAGCAAUACAACUUUUGCAAAAAAAAAUCUUCAGUCUAAGCCAGCAUGUCCCAAUAUUUUGUUAACCAAGACCCUUGAUUUUGAAUUAAAACUGAAGUAUACUUCACCUUGCACCUCCUCCCAGAGAUGUGCUUCCAAGUGAAGAAGAGUAAUAACCACCCACAGUUGAAAACUCCCUCUAUCAAUAUAAAAUUUAUUUCUUACCCUAGGGUCUCAUGGCAGGUUACAGCAAUUUAAAAUACAACCUUAAAAACAGAUUUUAACAACUUACAACCACAAAAAUAGGGUGGGCCCUAAAAAUCUCAGGUGUCAAAGUCAAGGGUAAAGAGGUGCACUUUAGCAUUCACCGAAACUGUAUGGUGAGGUUGCCAGACACACAUCUGUCAAGAAGGAGUAGCACAGAGUGGCUGCAGAGAUUACCCUUCCCCAGGAACUGAGGGUGGCUGAAUUACCAGGAGGGCCAACUUGCUAAUAUCAACACCUGAGAGGGUCUGUAAGCAAGGAGACAGCCUUUCAGGUAUCAUUUAGUGUCUUAAGCAGUAAUAUGAGCACCUUAAACUGGGCCCAGAAAUGAACUGGCAAACAACGCAGGUGUUUUAAAAUAGCGGUUAUGUGAGAUCUGAAUAGAACUCCAGCCAGUAAUCUGGCUGCUGCAUUUUGAACCAGUUGAAGUUUCUGAGUCAUCUUUAUGGGUGGCCCCACGAAGAUCGCACUGCAAUAAUACAAUCUGGAAGUUACCAGAGCAUGGAGUACAGUCAUCACUGGCAGACCAGCUGGGUCUGGAGGGAAACAUGCCUAGCCGCCGAGGUCACCUGUUGAAUCCAGGAGCACCUCUAAGCUGCAGAUGUCCUCCUGCCAAGGGAGUGCAACCCUGUUCAGAACAAGCCAUCUUCUCACCUUCUAGUCAUGAGAACUUGAGGCACAUCUCUGUCUUCAGGAUUCAGCCUUUUUAUUGGCCCACGCCCAGACCAUCACUGCCACAGUCUAACACCUGAACUGCAUUGCCCGGAUUCAAAUGGAACAGAGUAGGGUGUCUUCUGCAUAUUGAUUACAAUUUAUUAUUAUUAAUAAUAAUAAUUAAAUGUGUAUACCACCCGUAAUCUGAAGGUCACAGGGCGAUUCAUUGUUGAACUGCUCUUGAAUCAAGUUUCUACCUGAUGUUCAACUGAAAACUACCCUCCAGUCAUUUAAGUCCAUUAGAUCUAGUUCUGCUGUCUUCUGUGUGGCAGCUUCAGUUAUUUGAAGAGUGCUGUUAUGUCCCUCCUGCCAACAGUCUUCUCCAGGCUAAACACACUCAAUUCCUUCAGCCAAGUGACUUGGACAAGGCCUUAGAAAAAAUCUGUGUUGUAUAAAGAUUAGGAUUUACUCAUUCUUACAAAUCAGAUACUUGGGAAACCAAAUUAUAGUGCUGCUAUUGAUUGCAUGAUGCUUUUGCUUACAGAGUAUUUAAUCACACUUAUUUUAGUUGUCUUUAUUAGGUAGGUCAUUACCCCCAUUUUCCAGAACUGAGACUGAGGGAGAAAAAUUCACCUACACCCCUAAACACACUUACUAAAGAGUAAGCCCCAUUGAACACACUUAAAAUCUCCCUUGAAUUCUUUUCCAUUUCUAAUUGCAUUAAAAAUAUUUUUUUCCAGAGUGUAAAUCCAUAUCUUCAAGGACAAAGGCUGGACAAUGUUGUGGCAAAGAAGUCUGUUCCACAUUUUUCAGAUGAAGAGAAGGAGACUGCAGAAAAUGAAUGAAGCUUUGUGGAAAGCCCUAAUACGGCUUAUGUAAUCACUGCAUAAUCAGUGAUUCAAAUCCUCAUAGUGGUUGCAUGUUUAUUACUAAUAUAUUUGUUGCUGAAAAGCAGCUGGAUUUGUAGCAUUUGUUAUCCUAGAUACAUGAACACAGUUGUGUUUUUUGUUAAGUUACGGUAUUAGGAAGCUCUUGAUUUACUUUAGACCUGGAGCAAGCUUUGAAAAAAUUAUCAUUUUAAUAACUGGCGUGAAUUAAACAGCUUUAUGAAGCAGCUUGUAAAGAAGGACCAUUUUUCCAAAAUUUUCCUAUUAUUGUACUUAUGAUGUGAUGUUUGUUCUCUGGGAACAAUUAUUUCAUUAAGUUUUGUUUGUAAAUAACCGCCUAAUUCACAAUAAAUGUCAGAUACUUGCUGUUUGUUUUAAUAAACACUGAAAGCAGUCUUCAGUAUUUGCAUGGA